AUUCCGGCCGUGCUCCUUGCUGUUUUUGUAUCCGCUUCAGAGCACGUUCAACCGCCAACUAAGUUACGUUUUUGCCAUGUCACAGAAAACAAGCAAAGAGGUUACGUAUGUUUGAUGAAGAACGGAUACUCGCUAGCGUCUUAAGACAGUUCGUGGGACAAACGAUAUGAACUAAGAGCGUGUUUGGGGUUUUUAUUCGAAGGCGGUGUGUGGCUAUAUUUGUGCUUUUGGGUCCGUGAACGCCGCACUGUGAAGCUACAAGCCUCAUGUUUUCGUCCAGCCAAGAGGAGCACUGCGCCCCUUCCAAAGACCCUGUUCAAUAUGGCGAGCUGGUCGUGUUGGGGUACAAUGGCUCUCUGCCCAAUGGAGAUCGCGGUAGACGGAAAAGCAGAUUUGCGCUAUACAAGAGGACCAAAGCCAACGGUGUUAAGCCAAGCACAGUGCACAUCCUCAACACACCCCAAGACAGCAAGGCCGUGAACUCUAAAGGCCAACACAGCAUCUCAUACACGCUGUCUCGGAACCACACAGUGGUGGUGGAGUACAGCUAUGAUAAAGACACGGACAUGUUUCAGAUUGGCCGUUCCACUGAGAGUCCCAUCGACUUUGUGGUGACAGACACCAUAGCGGGAGGCCAAGAGGGCGAGGAGACUCCCAUCACACAGAGCACCAUCUCACGUUUUGCCUGUCGGGUCGUUUGUGAGCGCAACCCUCCUUACACGGCUCGUAUCUACGCAGCCGGGUUUGACUCUUCCAAGAAUAUCUUCCUUGGGGAAAAAGCUGCUAAAUGGAAGAACCCUGAUGGUCACAUGGAUGGCCUGACAACCAAUGGUGUGCUGGUGAUGCACCCCAAAGGUGGCUUCACAGAGGAAUCCAAGCCCGGCGUAUGGCGAGAGAUUUCAGUGUGUGGGGAUGUUUACACCCUGAGAGAGACACGCUCUGCACAGACUCCAGGCAAACUGGUGGAGAUUGAGAGUAAUGUCCUCCAGGACGGCUCGCUGGUGGACUUGUGUGGCGCGACCUUGCUGUGGCGCACGGCUGAAGGCCUUUUUCACACCCCCACCCAAAAGCACCUGGAGGCUCUUCGGCAGGAAAUCAACGCGGCGCGGCCCCAAUGCCCUGUGGGUCUCAACACCCUCGCCUUCCCCAGCAUCCAACGCAGCCGCGCCCUCUCCUGCCUGGAGGACAAGCAGCCGUGGGUGUACUUGGCGUGCGGCCACGUGCACGGUUACCACAACUGGGGUCAUCGGUCUGAGCAGGAGGCCGACACCCAGCGAGAGUGCCCCAUGUGCAGGAUGGUGGGCCCCUACGUGCCGCUCUGGCUGGGCUGCGAGCCCGCCUUCUACGUGGACACGGGCGCCCCCACGCACGCCUUCGUGCCGUGCGGACACGUGUGCUCGAAGAAGUCCGUGAAGUACUGGUCGGAGAUCCCGCUGCCUCACGGCACCCACGCCUUCCACGCCGCCUGCCCCUUCUGCGCCACCCAGCUCAGCCUGGCUCAGGGCUGCUCCAAGCUCAUCUUCCAAGGCCCAGUGGACUGAGCUCCCGGGGCCACUUCAACCACAACAUGCUGUGAAAUGGACCGUCAUUCCCCUCUUGUGGGAAGCUCAGGUGGUUUUUGGAUUGGACACGUGAAGCCCUUCCCUUCCAGAACCAUCCACUGUUCCAGCUGUCCUGCCUAGCAACCGCUUCAAAGAAGAAAGGCCUGUUGGAUUUGACUCUUUUUACUCUUUUUAAACUUGCGCAAGUGGAGGUGAGGUUUUCAAGAGCCAGACAGCUGGACUGUUUGCUCGGAGGCCGUGAUGCUCCUUAUUUUCUCCUUUAACCCUCAAACGGCAUCUUCUAACCCUGCGGAGGUGGCUUUCAUUUAUUGGCGUGGGAUACACAGAAUUCAGUGCCUCUAAUCCCAUGAAGCCGUGGGAACAUUGUACGAUAUUUAGUUGAGGUCGAUUUGCAUACGACAGCCCACAAGGAUCAUAUUUGUAUCAACAGAAGAGCUAUUUUACUACACUGAGGCCCUCGCACUGUUUUCUAAUGCAAAUGUUAAUAUAUUUUCCUGCAUAAAUAAUGUGUGCAGGAAUGUUGUGAUUGUGCGCGCGCGUGCUGGACCGCCUGUUUCAGUUCACCUCCCUUAUGAUGUCUCAGCCAAUGAUUGUACCGGAUUACAGCCUAUUGAUGGAAGAGAUAAGACAUACUUGUCUGUCUACUGUACCCACACCCCCGUCUGCACUGUUGUUGGCUUCGUCCCGCAUUGGCGGCGCUCCAGCCAAGAAACCUGGGUAUCGCCUCAGCAGCGUGCAGAGAUUAUACCAAAUAUAAGGAGGAGCUAUUUUCCCCGCGCCCGCUCACCACGUCUCAAAAGUGGUAAACAAUCCCUCAACCCGAACCGCUGCUCCGGCAUGACGUUGACAGCUUUGGAUCCCAGUAGCAUGCACGGGGGGGGAAUAAUGAUAUUAUCUCACAUGAUGCCAAAUUUGUUCUUUUGUGCGUCGCGGAUGAGUCAAAAACAUACUCGCCGGAUGGAGUGAAAGUGGGGGAAAGAACGGGGACAAAUGUGUGUGUUGUUUGUGUGACGUUCGCCUAACAGACUGUGUCCAUGUGUAGAAAACAUUGGCAGCCGGCUGGAGAAUAUUCUGCCUUCUUUCACAAACAAUACUUCCAUUUAGGUUCCAGAAGGGUGGAUUGCUGAGGGGCAAAUCCACCUCAAAAUGUUCUUCCUGUCCUGAAAGAAACUUUUUGAAAAGUUAAAGCACGAGUGGCGCAAUGUUUCAAAGUGGAUAGUCAUAAACAGCAGUAGCAUUCCUCACUCACACCUUCUUUAAGGAGAGCGUCUCCUCCUGUAGCAGCUGCUUCAAACAUUCCUCCUUGGUAAACAUGGGUGGGGUCCGCGCCUUCAAGAUCCCCCUCCCCUGCAGGAAGUGUGUACACAAGCCAUAGGACGCACUGAUACUCCUCCCGAUGCAAAGAAAAAUAAACUAUUUUUUGAAGGUA